GAGCCUACGCCCUCUCCCAAUCAACGCCUCCCAUUGUUCGCUCGCGGCCCCCCAUUGGUCUGAUCCUGCGGGAAGGCGGGGAGAAGGGGCAGGGCGGCGGGUUGACGCCUGGCCAAUCGCCGGGCCCACUGCGAGCGCCCCUGGUUGCCCCUGGAAACCUAACCUCCGACAGCUGGAGUCCGCGGCGCUGGAGGAGCCGGAGGGAGAUGGACGGCCACUCUGAGCGCGGUGGGGACCCUGAGCGGGAAGACGGAGAUGCGGAGAGCCCGGCCCCGCAGCUGUCCGGGAUCAAGGGCGGCUCUGGCCCUCAGUCGCCGGCCAACCCCGCGGAGCUCGAGUCCCAGCCGCAGCCAGAGCCGCAGCCGGAGACGCAGCCAGCCGGAGCCGCAGCCGCAGCCACAGCCGCAGCCGGAGCCGGAGCCGGAGCCGGAGCCGGAGCCGGAGCCAGAGCCGGAGUCUCAGCCGCAACCGGAGACGGAGCCGAAGCUGGAGCCGGAGGCCGUAGACGCUUCGGAUGGAGGCUCCGCCGCGGCCGAUCUAGCCGAGCCCGCCGAGCCUACCGAGCCCGCCAAGGCCCAGGAAGGGCCGGCGGCCGCCGGGGCUGCGGGCGAGGAGGGGCCCGAGCAACGGGAGUGGCCGGCCGAUACCGAGCCAGAGGAGCCAGCCAAGCCGGAGUCCGACGGCGGGCUCGUGGAAUCCGAGAAGGAAAGGGAGGAGGCGGCGGAGGAGGAGGGGAGGGGGAAGAAAGCCCCGUCGCGGGGUUCUCCGCCGCCAGCCACCGCCAGCGGGGAAAAGGCUGAGCGGGAGGGACCAGAGGCAAAGGAGGAGGGUGCCGGGGAGGAGGAGGAGGAGAAAGAGAGCACGAAGAAGAGUGUGGAAGGAAGCGGGGCGAAAAGCGAGUUGGAGCAGAAAGGUCUGGACAAGGAACCUGAGGACGAGAGUAGUGAGUGGACGGAGGAGGUACAGAAGCGGCAGGAGCAGCAGCUGCGCUCGGAGCUGCUGGAACAGUACCGGUCGCUGGUGCUGGAGCGCAGCCAGUACCAGCGCUACAACAUCUACCUGCAGCACAAGAUCUUCGAGGCGCUGCGCAAGAAGAAAGGCCUGGAUGCGGCCGAGGUGCUGGACAGGGGCCUGGAGCCCGAGUCCCCUGAGAAAGAGCAAGCAUACCUCCACUACCUGGCCGCGCUGGAGGAGCUGAAGAAGCAGCAGGCAGACGACCUGGACUGGUACCACCAGGAGCUGGCUCAGCUGAAGCAGCUGUGCACGGAGCAGCUGUCCAAGGUGGAGAAGGAAUGGCGAGCCUUCCAGGCCCUCAAGAAGCAGGUGGUGAUGCAGGCCAUGGGCAGCUGUCAGAUGCGGGGUGGUCGCCAGGCCGCUCUGAGGGAGGUGGAGCAGAUCCAGGCGUUGGAGGAGAAGAAGGAGGAGGAGAUGAGCACCGUGAGGCUGGAGAACGUGCAGCUGAAGCAGGGCCUGAUGCACUUUGAAACCAGGAUGAGGGCCCAGGAGGACGUGACCGAGGGCCUGCUUCUCAUCGAUUUCGAACAGCUCAAGAUUGAGAACCAGACCUUCAACGAGAAAGUGGAGGAGCGAAACGAGGAGCUUUUAAAGCUACGCAGCAAGGUGAACAACAACGUGCAAAUAAUCACCCACGUGAAGGAGAAGCUACACUUCGUGGAUAUAGAAAAUGCAUGCAAAAGGUCACAGCUUCUGGAAACAGAGGCUCAGGUGGCCCUCAGGAGGGACAUCUUGACCAAGACUAAGCAAGCUCGAGACAGCCUGCGGAUGGACAACAUCAAGCUGAAUCAGAGGUGCGGGCUUCUGGGCAAGGAGUUGCUCCUCCGGGACAUGGAAAAGAAGGUGGACAAGACUGCGGUCCUCAAGCGGCGCUUAGAAUCCCUGAAGCGCCACCACGCAGGCCUCUCUCUGUCCUGCAGGGGUGUGAAGCAGAAGAUCCGGGAAGCCAAAGCCUUUCUCCCCUCUUGACACGCUGAGAAGAGUCAGCAGAACGGCUUCGAGCUCAGCAAACGUCAUCCUCAAUUAACUUUCAUCCUCCAUCCUUUAAAAGACCUAUGAUAUUUACGAUGGACUACGCUCUGUGUUUAUCUCAUAGUUUUUCAGUUUCCAACUUAGUGCCAAGCACAAGAUCGGGUCAGCAGUCAGGUUUAUGUGGGGUUAAGUGAAAUAGGUCCAGAGAAACAAACAGGUCAUGUGCCUGACUUCUCAUAAAAAGCUGACAAAAGCCUUUUUACAUCUGAGCGAUUCCAUAAUUUCAGUGAGCUGAUACUGAGGACUGUUCUUCCGUAUGUGGGAGGGUUCAUCUGAUGAGCAGAGUACCCCGAGGUUCCUGUGCAUUGAGUUCACUAUCAAAUCCCUGUGAAUGUAUUAAGCUGCGUAGUCUCAAGUCACCAUCUCAAGUCAAAGCUCACUCAUUCCCUUAGAUUAACCUAAAGUGUGUUUCCCUUAAAGCCAAUAAAGGUGGAUUAAAAUUCCUCCUUA